GUUAUUGUGACUCUGAACAGUUACCAGGCAGGCUGGAUGCUCUGUCUGGCACUGUUAACAGAGCCUGAGUGCAGGCAGUGCCCUAGGCUCUGAGCUCUGGCCUUGUUUUUGUGGUUAAGAAUUGUUACAGCUGUGGAAUGCUUACAAAGUUUAGCCCCAAAGUUCUGGCUCUACUUCUACCACCACAAGCUUCAUCAUGGCAGAAUCGCUCACCACUUUCUCUGAUCCAAGGACAGAAAUAAGCAGCCUGGAAACCAAUCAGUACUUGUGCUCCCAGCUGGAAAAAAACGAACAGAACUUCCGAGACCUCACAGAGAGAUUCCUCACAUCCAGGGCUACUGCUUACAUCUUGGCCAACCAGCUGCAGAAAUAUAAGAAUGAAGAGUACAAAGCCCUCAUUGACCCCAUGCUGGAGGAGGAAGUGCAGUUUGGCAGGGAGCUGGCAGAGAAGAUGAAACCAUCUGCAAGACUUGGGAAAUAUGAUCCCCUAAUUCAGGCUCAGGCCCAAGAACUGACCCACUUACGACAGAGGAUACAGGAAGGGAAAGGUGUCUGUUACCUUUUUAUUCAGCAUACAAAGAACACGGUCAAGUCUUUUGAGGGCUUCCUCAGGAGCACUGACAUUGCUUCCUACCAGGGGCAGAGAUUCUGUGAGCAACUGGCCCAAGGAAGCCAGCUGGCAGAGAGCCUAGCCAGCAAACUCACCACUGAAAGUCACAAUGAUAAGAAGGAUGGAGAUAGACAGGAGCCACUGGCACCCAGGCUCAGCAGGGAGCUCCAGCAAGAAGUGAAUGAAGUCCUGGAAGACUCACUAGAUGAACGGUAUUUGACUCAUUCCAGUCGCCGUGACUCUCACCAACCUCGCAGCAGCAAUGCCUUCCUGUCUGAUGUGCAGGAAGCCAGCUCUGCUGUGGAAGUCACCAGACACACAACAAACCUUGACAGGCAGAGCCUGGAGUCUGUUGCCCAGCUGUAUAAUGAAAACAGAGAUAUCAGGGAACAGAGUCUGAGCCUUCUGGCUCACCUGAAUCGUAUUUCCAGAGGUAAGAAGUAAUAGUGGAAAUAUGAAAAUUUCUUAUUUCAACAAAGCUUAGUCACAAACAGUUCCCCCAUUGAUGAGAAAAACUAAAACAACAAAACAGAGAAAGUCCUAAAUCUGAAAGCAAGAGGGCUCCAUCUCUAAGACUCAGAUUUCAUAGCCACUCUAGAUUUUUACUCCAAAGGGAUAGCUUGAUUGCAGAAAUAAUAGCCCUUUCAGUCUGCAAAUUUGAUAACUAUGUAAGAGACAUCAACACCUAGAUUCACAGAUGAUCUUGAGAUGCCUAACCUUUCCUCUCCCUACCCUCAUCCUAUGGAUAACUGGAGUCAACAGCAGCUGGAAGAAAAUGUCAAGGACUUGGAUCAAGAAUAAGUCCAAAUGUCGAAUGUCGUCGUUGCAGACUAUUCAUCAGCUCUUCAGCAUGUGUUCAUUUUCAUUGAAGGAUAAAAGUUUAGAAAUCUCAGAUAAUAGAGUUUAUUUUAUAACAUUCUGUUGCCUGUUUUUUUUUUUUUUUUUUUGACAAAUCAAAAUUACAAAGUUUUUGUUCUCCAGCUAACAGCAGGAAACUCAAACAAUAUGUCCACUGUAUUUAUAUCCCAGAGUGACAGCAACCAAGUCUGGGUGCAUCACUUCAUUCCAAAAUUAAAUGUUAUUGAGCACCUGGUAUCAGAUACCAAAACUACAUUGUGUCUCACACCGUGGGAACUGAGAUAAGUCAGGCAAAAAUUCUGCCUUCACAGGCAUCUGUAAGCAGAGCAGCAGUCUUAUACAUGUCUACCUGUGGAGGACCCAAAGAAAUAAUGAUAGAAUCCUGAGAGUUUUUGUUCACUCUUGUACUUCCUGAACAGGUCUAGCAAAAGUUACAUCCCAGAGGUCUCUAGAAUACACAGGGAGAAGUAGUAUAUCUAUAGGAACUGGCAGGUUUCAGAUCACUCUCAUUUGGAUUUUUUUUUUUCUGCAGUUAGUUUAUUUCUGAAAAUAAGUAUCCAUUGAUUAGUCUUUUGCAAUUAAAUAUAAAAGCCAGACAUCUUAUUCUGGAGCUAUGAAACAUAUAAAGUAGCCUCAAAAUUACCAGAUUUCCAGGCUGUAAAGCUGAUUAAGACAAAUCCUGGAUG